AUGCAGGCGAUGUACAGGAUGCUCCACCUUGGGACUCCACACAAGAUCACGCAGAAGCAGUUCGAUGAGGCGGCGCUCCAGACUGGGUGCAAGGGCCUGACUGCCUUUGCGGCCCUGCCGUACGUCGACCUGUCGUGCCUCUUCACCGUCUCCACCGGCCAUGCCCUGCUGUUCGGAGUGGUCAGCGACUUUGUGGACUACACGCUGAGGUCGCUCAAAGACAUCAAGCCAGCAGACCCAGAUGCCAAGCUGGUCAUGUCUCGUGAAGCACGCCAGCGGGUCGCGGCCCGCGGCCAGUUCCUGGUCGUGACUUCGGACUUCGGGCGGCGGUACAAAUGCAUCAUGCAGUACCGCAAGAGCUACCGCAUGGAGGACUGGCUGCACUUCGUUGAGACGUUCUCCAGCUACAUCUUCAAGGGGGACGUGCUGCCCGAGGCCUUGCGGGCCCUGUGUUGGAGCCUGUGCAGCACGGUCACGCACUACUUCUGGCCGCGGCCCCCCGAUGAGACCCGUGAGCAGUUCCUGGUGGCAGCCAAGGCGGCUGCAUGCAAGCUCAGAGCUUACACGACCAGGCUGGAGGAGUUGGAGGUGCCGGGCUACAUGUUCACGGUCAACCUGCAUAUCUGCGUAUGCUGGCUGUACUCCGACCUGCCGGUGGAACGCAUGAUGCAGCAAAUGAAGACGCAAGGCGGAAGGAUGGUGUCACAGGCACCCGAGAAGCACUACGCGCAGUGGCUGUGCCUGAUGCGGGCCUCCGAGUCGCUCACCGAGGCAGACCCCCGGACCGGGGCCAAACACACGACCAACCAGCAGCUUGAGAGGAUGUUGGCACGGCGCGCAGUGAACACCGAGGCUGCCUGGUUUGAUAAACCAGGAGCCAACGGUUACCUGCUUGGACGAGGCCACAUGGUCUACCCGAGUCCAGAACGAGUGGCACAAGUCCGGGCAGCCAUGGCGAGCCUAGUGCACUGGUAUGCCCUGGCAUUCGAGGAUGUGGCUUCCUGGACAUUGNGUCCCAGCCCGCUCCUAUUGCAUGCCCGAGCACUCGACGAGGAGCAGUACUUCGGGGCUGAGUAUGGGCGCCAGCAGCAGCGGAUCUCCUGCUGGGCAUGCUACCAGGCAGAAGUCGGCAACAAGACUCGGACGUAUGCGGCCUACCUCAAGCACUUCGUCCACCUGCCCGCAGAAGAUGGCGCUCAGGAUGUCCGAUUCACUGUCGCAGAUGUGUACUCGGGACAGGUGUUCAGCGAGGGGCUGGUGGUGGUCAACAUGGCGGCCGCCCAGACAGCGAGGGCAGGCAGCCAGUGGGAGAUGUGGCAGGACCUAGGGCUGCCGCUAAGUGAGCUGAAGGGCAAGUUCUGCACAGCCGCCCCGGAGGGGGACCGAAAGGGGCUGAUGUACUUCAUGCCAUACACACACUUCACCAACCGCUGA